GACAAAAUAUCUACAUCUUCCACCUAUAUAUACAAUGACUGAUAACCGUCUAACAUAAUUAAAAUGCUCUUCUCUUAACUAACUAACCAAUUACAUCUAGCACUAAGCUGCUAGCUAUCAGGGCACUACAUUGCAAGUUGUUAUUUCCUCAACAAUGAUCUAAGGAGAGGAGCAGUUGAGGUGAACCCAUGCCCCAACCUUUAGAUACUCCCUGUGCUUUACCCCUACAGUAGGACUAUUCUGUAUGAAUUUGAAUUAAUUGAACCUCAAAAUAAAUAUUGUAUAACUCGUGCAUUGACGAGAAAAACUGAACUACUUUUACCGCCCAUCUCUUUUGUUACCUUUUCACAUUCAAUUCACCAACUUAAUAACUUUACUAUAUGGUUUACACGAGAAAAAUAACAUGUCUUGUUAUUAACAUGCACCUUGUGUUAUCCUUCUGACCAAAACCCAUAAAAAUUCACUUUAGUUUUUCAAGCUGCCACUCAUCACAUAUAAUUACAUCAAAUACUUGCUAUAAAUAAAGAAUCCCAUCAAUUAGAAAAAAAUCACAUUUAUUUUUCAAGAAAUUGGUAUCCCUUCAAUAUAUAUAUUUUUUUCCUUAAAAUUUUUGUGUUUCUCGUCUUUCAUGGUUUUCACAAACUUGAUUUCUCUAAUUUGACGUACAAUUAUGCAAUUAUCCAGUUCAUUAAGUGGAAAAUUAUGCAAAUCAUUGUUAAUUUCAGGACUAAUCCUAUAUAGUAUCUACAUUUUUCUCUCUAAUCAUCCAUGUUGCUACUCAAUCACUACAUUCAAUAACUUGAUGAGGUUCAAAGGUGACAAUAUUCAAGAUGAUUCUCCCACGAAUGUUAGCCAUCUUGUAUUCGGAAUAACAAGUUCAUCAAGAACCUGGAAGAACAGAAUAACAUACAUUGAGUCCUGGUGGAGACCAAACGUAACACGAGGAUUUGUGGUCCUCCAAAAUUUCACCAAGUAUCAAUUGCUUCCAUGGCCUUACUCUUCUAGUCCUCCUUUCAAGGUCUCGGAAGACACGUUGAAAGGAGGACAAGUCAUAGGAAUGGCUCGCGUUGUAGCCGAGACAUUCAAGAUGGAGAACAAGAGUGUUAGAUGGUACAUUAUGGCUCAUGAUGACACAAUUUUUUUCCUAGAUAAUUUGGUUGAGGUUUUGUCUAAGUAUGAUCAUAGGAAGUAUUUUUAUAUGGGAAUGACUUCAGAAACUCAUGCAUCAAAUGUUGCACACUCAUUUAAUAUGGCUUUUGGUGGAGGUGGAUAUGCUUUAAGUUAUGCACUUGUGGAGGCAAUGGUUGAGAAUUUGGAUGUUUGUAUAAAAAGAUAUCAAACUUUUUAUGGAGGUGACCACAUUUUGCAGUCAUGUGUGGCUGAUUUUGGUGUCUCUCUCACUCAAGAAAAGGGCUUCCAUCAGAUAGACCUACAUGGUGACAUAUCUGGCUUUCUCUCAGCACAUCCACAAUCUCCAUUAAUUUCCCUUCACCACCUUGAUUAUGUAGACCCUAUAUUUCCUUCAUGAACCGUUCUCAAUCAUUAAGCCAUCUCAUGAAAGUUGCAAAAAAUGGGCAAUUAUCUCAAUCAAGACUCCUACAACAAAGCAUUUGUUAUCAUAAGCCCAAAAAUUGGACAUUUUCAAUAUCAUGGGUUUACUCUAUUCAAAUUCAUGAGUCCAUUUUUCCACCAAGUUUUAUACAAAUACCUCUACAAACUUUUAUUCCAUGGAGCAAAUUGUUUAACCCUUUCUUUCUUUUUAAUACUAGGUUGCCUAAUAAUAAUUCUUGUGAAGCACCACAUGUGUUUUUCUUUGAGUCCAUUAUGAAAAUGAGGAGUGGAAAUUAACAUUUACUUACAAAUUAUACAAGGAGAUAUUCAAGAAAAUUGCCUCCUUGUUCAUCAAAUGGUAAUCACUCUGCAGAUCACUUAUCAGAAAUCCAUGUCCUUUCUCCCAUGAAGAAGCUUGAUUGGGAGGGUGGUAGAAGAGAGUGUUGUGAUGUUAAUUACGAGGCGAAAAUGAAUGUUACAGAAAUCAAACUUAGAGAUUGCAUGCUGGACGAAAUAAUUCCAUAAUUUUUAUUUUUUUUAUAUUCCAUGAUUGUCAAACGAUGGAAGAGUUUUUUCCUAUUUACAUUUUGGAGAUAAUUCUAAAUGUACCCAGUUUUUAAGUUUAUCAUAGUAUAUAAUGAGGA